AUGAGGGUGCAGGUUAUGAACGUGAAAGUCCUGCUACGACAGGCGCUGCCGGGCGUGCGCUGCGCCCUGGUGGCGUGCGGCCUGCACUGCGGGGCGCUUUUCCACUUGUGCAAGGAGGAGGGGCACCUGCCGCUGUGCUUGUUCCGUUCACUGGAGACGCGUAAGCUUUUCCCAGAACUGACCCGGUGCGCUGGAGAAGAGGAAGAGGAAGGAAGAGGGAAAGAAGAAGCAGGAGAAGAAGGCCGCCUUGGGGAAGGAGGACCUGGCAGCGGCCGGGCGGGAUCACGGAAGGGGCGGACACCCCCCGGGGUCGCCCCCUCGUCGAGAAGAAGGCCUUCCGAUGAAGCCAUGAAGAUCGUGGCCGUGAGGACCUUCAAGGUUCCAAGCAGCUUUAUGGCCAAGCGGAGUCGCAUCCGCAACCCGGGAUUCUAUAAGAGGGAUAACAAGGCCGUGGACACCGCAGACCCACAGGUGGCACCGCAGGAUGUGCCUGUCUGGGAGGAGGUUCGGGCGUCGCUGCUGUGCUCGCUGGAGAAGGAGCAGCGGGGUCACCUGAUCACAGAGCAGCUUUGCACCGACGGCCUCCCGCAGGACGAGGGCACGCAGACUUUCCGAUGCCUGACGGCGCCCUUCGCCAGCACCGCAUCCCAGGCGGACCUGACGGCCGGCCGGGAGCCGCGCCUGCGGCUGGAGAGCGUCAGCAGUCGCCACCACAAAGCCAGCUCUGCCUUCGCCGUCGUGUGCGGGCACGCCGUGCACAGGCGCGAAUACGCCGCACAUUACAAGAACGUGCACGGUGACAUCCAGAUGAGCGUCGACGGAUGGUUCCGGCACAGGUGUCCGCUGGCGUACUUGGGUUGCACCUUCAGCCAGCCCAGGUUCACGCCGUCCACACACCAGGCCGACGUGGUCCUCACGGAGGAUCCGGGCUGCUUCCAACUGCGUCCUGUCGUCCCGGCCGCUGAAAGUCGCACCUCCUCCUGCCGCGCUCUGAGCUCGCCGCCGUACGAGCUCCUGCGUCACGUGGCGGCGUCCCGCCGGCGUGUGGCUCUGGCAUCUCGCCUCGUGAGGCAGGUUUGCGCCACGUCGCUGCCCACACGAGGGAUGGUCUCGCUGCGCUGGGAGAGGACAGCCCAACCUGGAGGGGGGUCCGAUGGAGUGCUGAGCACUAGGUGUGGCACUUCGGCCUGGAAAUUCCGUGACGUUCCAUCCAUGUCGGAGCGCCUGAGGUUGUGUCCGUUCUACGAGCGAGAGAGCAGAAGCGAGCGCUUUCUGCUGCCAGACGCAAAGUGUAAACGUCAUCGUGUAAUGGACUCAAACGAUCGCCAAUAA